UGACACUGUGUCGUCAUUUUCUGGAAAAGAAAAGAAAAUAGCUUGGAACACCUGGAAAGCUUUUCCUGAGGCCACGGAUACCUUUUCAAGGUAAGUUUUUUAAGUGUCUUUGAGUAACUAAAUUUUCUUUUUGAUAGUAUAGUUUCUAGCUUUUUGUCACAGAGAUACAAGAGAACUUCAGAGCAAAGAACAUUCUUCUGGGAUUGCUGAAUAAACUCUAUUUUAAAGAUUUAUCUACAGAUUUAUUGUAUCUAGAGAAGUGCAUUUUUUUGCUAUUUAAAUUUAUCCCAUUUUUCAGAUUGUCGAAUGGUGAGAAUGGCCAACCUAGGGAUAUUGAUGUUAAGAUGGUAGAGCGUUUCGUGGUAUUGAUGUACCAAAGAACGUUUUAACUCAGCGACGUAAACGAGUGUCGCCGACAUUUGUUCACCAAGAAGGGUUGCCCAAGUGAAAGUUUGCCACCAACAAGUGAUGCACUUCUUCAACAUACAAGACGGGCUAUUUUUCAAGCUGGGUUUGUCUGGUGUCAAUCAAAGGUGAAAACGCAGCAUCUACCUCCAAUUGUAGUAUGGGGUUGGAAUGAAAAUGUGUCACCUUUAUGGAUGGUUGUCCCGGAAGCCUCAAAAGCAUGCCAGGAGCUAAUCAAAUGUGGAUGUAGGCAGAAAUGUUCGACACGAUGUAAAUGCAGACAGUUUGGUUUGGAAUGCACGGAAUUGUGCAUGUGCAAUGGGCAGUGCCUCGAAGAAUUAGACAUUUAAACUUUCAAUUUGAACUAAUUUUCCUUUGACAAUGAAAUUUUCGCGCUUGAUGAACAAUUAAUCGUUAGUAGAGGUCUGGAUCCAAGUACCUCUUUCUAAAAAUAGACUGCGGGCCUAAUAUGAAAGUUGAGAAAUUGCUUUCAUCGUUAUGAGGAUCUUAAUCUCUGUGAUAUUAGUAAUUUUAGUAUUUCGCUCCCGGGUAAUACAGAAAAAUGAUCAGCACCUUUCCUGGAGGUCUGAGACCAAGAACCCCAUCUAAAAAUAGAAUAUGGGGGCAAUUCAUUUUGAAAUAACAAUAUUAUUGCAUUUUCAUGCCUGAUUAUACACUUAUACAACUCUGUAUGCUUUUAAUAUGGAAGUGUGGUGUAAAAUUGGUAGAAUUAGUUGAGGAGGACUGGGUCCGAGUAUCAUCAUCUAAAAAUAGCUUUUUGGGAUACUUUACAGGUAGGGUCCCGAUUUCAUCGUUUUCAGCAUGUCAAAAUCUAUAGGUAUGCCAAUUUUCAUGCUUUCUUCACUAAAUGCACGAUUGUUAUGAAAUCUGCCACUGGUUGCCCUCACUAUUAACUUUGAAUACCCACUUGCUCCCAACAAUAUUCUUUCCUUUUUGAAUUGGAACUAAGUCCCAUGUUUUGUUUUUGAUAAAUGAUGAGUAUUCUGCAUCAGUAGCUUCUUUCCAUUCACUAGCAUGUUCUCCAGUCCCUGCAUCCUGGAUCUUUCUUGGCAGAGGCGGCGGACAGUGCUAUUUAUGCUAUUUCAUUAAUAGCAAUUUUUUUCCAAAGAAAUGUUCUGCUUUUGUAUUAGACAAAUUAAUGUAACAUAAAUUAUACGAGUAAAAUCUUUUCUGGAUCUUGAUUUCCUUAUCCAGUUCCUUCAUUCCAUGAUUUAUUUGACCCCUCUGUGCUUUUUGAUAUUGCGAUUGCCCGACUUAAUCUAUUCAAAGAAUGCCGCGUGUAUACCUUUCUGAUCCACGCUGUGGCCGUCGAUGGCCAUGCUAUUACUUGGCCCUUCUGAAUAGCAAACGGAGGAAACUAAUAGGAGUUGCGCCAUAGUGUGGCUAUGGUGUGACGCAACGGGCUAUUGUGAAAUACGCAUAUCUGACAGCCUUGCUAUUAAAUUCUUGGAAUGAAUAGCAAGAGCUCACACGCGAUCACGCAUACAAAUCGUCAGUUCGAUAAACGUUGGGAAGAGAGUAGAGACCUUUUCAGAUACAAAAUGAAUCAAGUAGCGUCAGGUGGUGUACGAUGGGGUGUUUCAACUGUCUUUUCCCUCAUAUCUAUGCAAGGAGGUAAAUUAACUCAUGAACAGCGCCUUCGUCUUAAAAAAGACGGACGCCCAUGCCCCGAUGUUAAAGUUAAAAGUCGUUCGUGUGAAGCUGUGUAUAGAGGUUUUUCUUGGAUAUGUGGUGAUUCAGAGAAGAAUACAUAUUUCUGCUGGCCAUGUUUAGUCAUGGGAGAUCAUUUGAAGAUGAAGGCUUGCUUCGUGCAACCAACUGGAUUUGCAUCUGAUGGCAGGAAUUUGUCGAAUGUUGCUAACAGGCACCAAGAAUCAAAAAGUCACAUGACAUGUCACGCUUCGUACAAGCUUUUAGGGAAUGUGGAUGUGGCCAGUGCACUUGAUGAAGCAAGACAGAGAGAAAUUCUGAGACAUAAUGAAAAUGCAUCAAGAUAUUCAAAGAUGAUGAAGCACCAUAUUGAUGUUGCAGUCUACUUGUCUGCCCAAGGACUCGCUUUCCGGGGGCAUUCUGAAGACAAAUUCUCUCCAAACAGGGGAAAUUUCAUUGAAUUGAUGGACUUGUUAGGGAACUACAGUCAAGAGUUGCGAGUUUUCCUAGACAAGGAACGGAUAAGUUACACCUCCCACGACCCACAAAACGAAUUGAUCAAAUGCAUUUUCCAAGAAGUCCAGAAUGAAAUUCGAAAUCGAGUAAGUGCUUCCAGAUGUUUAUCCGUAAUGAUGGAUGACACCAGUGACUUGAGCAACACGGAGCAGUCGGCUGUUUCAGUGAGACUUAUUCAUGAUGGGAAUGUCGAAGAACAUUUGCUUGGCCUCACAGAUGCAUCUGACGAUCAAUCUGCUGAUGGGCUUACAAAGAUCAUGAUAAAAAUAUUAGGGAGCUACAAUGUUACUCCUGAGACAGGAAAGAGAAAGCUGAUUGGACAAUCAUAUGAUGGUGCGGCGACAAUGAGUGGCGAGCUCAAUGGUGUGCAAAAGAGAAUGCGAGAUUACUUUCCACUUGCCUACUACAACCAUUGCGUUGCACACAGGAUGUCACUUUGUGCGUCGCAGUCAUCGAUGAAAAUCCCAGAAGUGGCUAAAUUCUUUGGAAUAUUAGACAAGCUGAUAACGUUUUUCCGAAGCAGUCCCAAGCGAACGCGAUACCUUGGAUAUAAUCUUCCAAAGCCUGGUGAUACAAGGUGGCUUUCUCGAGACACGAUGAUUUGGAGCGAUAAAGCGUCACAGGACCUUUUUCGAGUUGAUAUGCUAUGCAUGAAAGAUAUUUUUGGCGACUAUUCUCACGCGUGCUUAAAUCCAAGGUCUACAGAAGAGAAGGUUAAAGCUUUGAAGGAAUGCACAAGACCGGAAUCGAAGACAGAGGUAAGAAGUUUCAUCGGCAUGACCGGAUACUUAUCCAAGUUUAUCCCUCGAAAUGCAUCAUUGACAAAGCCACUGAGAGACUUGACAUUGAAAGAAACACAAUUUCACUGGAAUGAAGACGAAGAAGAAGCUUUUCAGAAACUUAAAGACAGCAUAUCCAGACAGGAUGUGAUUUCGUUCUUCAACCCAAAGCUACCAAUUAUGGUCAGAACAGAAGCCAGUUACAACAAAGGACUGUCAACAGGACUAUUCCAGAAGACCGAGAAGGGAUGGCAACCAGUUCACUUUAUAAGUAGAACGCUGACAGAGACUGAGAAGAAAUACAGCCAGACAUAG